CACCAUACCUCAUUACAAGUGUGAGAUAUUGUCAUGCCUGCACUUCCAUGGGGCUAGACAUGGAAGUUCAUGUAAGCGGACGGCCUGAAGGGUGCUCUGGGUGUAUUCCUCCAGAACCAGAGCCAAACAACACUGAAAUGGUUGAAAUUUAUAUCACGCUGAGACAUACCAAAAUACUCCAAGCAGUUCUUCUUGUGGACAUCAAAAAUGCAGAGAAAUCGCACAAAGUUUGAAGGUGCAGUCCCAGGGACCCCGGGUCGGUUGGUAUUUUCAGGAUGUGUCCGAACUGCAUUACGUUCACGAGACGUGUCGAUUAGCUGAUAUCU